CUCGUCCUAAAUUUAUUCUGGCAACGAACUUCCUUCUGGUGGGGUUAUCAAAAGAUACUUUUUGCUCUACAAUUCUUGAUUUGAAAAUGGAAGGAAAUAACCUACGUCAAGGCGACGGGCCGAGUCUGGCUGCAAAUGCAGUUGGCGAAACUGUUAGUCAAAAUGCUCCGAUCAUCAAUCAAACCAUUCAUCAUCAUCACUAUCCAGCACCGAAUGCUCAUCAUCCAGGGAACGACCCACAGCAUCGAGAACCCAACAACUAGAAUAAUGAUGAUGGGCAACCUCCUGACUCCCCAAAUGACGCCCCACAUUUCCCACAACCAGUCGAAGCAGAUAUAGAACCAGAAAACCUUGAAAACGACCCACAGCAUCGACAACCAAACGACCAGAAUCGUGAUGAAAGAUUCUUCAUGGAUCCAUCGCAUAACCGUACGCCACCCCAUAUUCCACAAGAUGGCGAUAGUGAAUCACAAAAUCCUGGACCGUCAGCUAUACAACCCACUGGGGAAAUCGAAGACAUAGCUCACACUGCUGAAGAUGCAGAUGGUCGAACACCUCGCGAAGUUCUGACAUCAGAAACAAACAAAAAGCAAAAGCAAAAAUUGACAAAAGAAAAGCCACCGAAGCGCAAGUCAAAUGCGUCUGAAGAUAGCGAGUCUAAAAAAAAAUUCAAAAAAAAAUCUAGUCUAUGUGACAGAAAAGGGGAAAUGAAAAACGACGAUGAAGGGGUAAUCGAGGACGUAGAUCACACUGAUGAAUAUACAGAUGGUAAAGCACCUCCUGAGUUACCGAAAUCAGAAACAAACGGGAAGCAAAAGCAAAAAUUGGAAAAAGAGAAGCCGCAAAAGCGCAAAUCGAAUGCGUCUGAAGAUGGUGGGUCUCAGAAAAAAAUGAUCAAAGAAGAAUAUACAGAAUUUGAACUAUUUGCAGCCAACGAAAGAGUAAGAAAUCUCAUGAGACAACGCAAAUACGAAAAAGCACUUAAAGAUCUAAUUAUUCUGAAAAGUCAUUAUGGAACGAACCAACAUGUUGAAACCCAGCUUAACAUUGCGGAGUGUUCAGCUUGGACUUUGAAAGCAAAAGCAAAGGUUCGAGAUGCAAUAAAAGACGUAGAAACAACUAUAAAAAAUUCGAUGGGCACGAAAAUGGAAGUUAUAAAGAAGAUGGCAGAAGACGCAAGCGAAGGUAAAGACAAGACUAUGACUGUACGAGCUAUUAUUUACUAUCGUAUAUGCUCUAUUUUGUGCAAGGAAAAAGAUAGGAACAAAGUUUUUCCUGAACUGAUUAAAGCUAUUACCGAGCUUCCGAUUCCCCCAGCAUUAAAAAGGAGCGACAAUAAAGCAACUCAAAAAGGUAAAACUGGUGAAAAAAAGGGUGGAAAAAAUACAAAACCUGAUGAUAUGGCUAAAGACUUUAUCAUUCCAUCACUAGAAGAAAUUUUGGAGAGCUUGACAAAAGCCGGUAGUACAAACACAACAGAAACUUCUGUUCACUCCGAAAGCGAUGAACGUAUUUUGGAACGUAUUUUGGCGAUUGCAAAUGCUCAGUACAGCAUAGCGUUAUAUGAAGUUGAACAUGGUUUCACGGAUUUCGCUUUAAAGCGAAUAGAAGUUGCUAUGAGCAAGCUUACAACCAAAUAUUCAAAACAUAUCGUGUAUGCUGAGUUGCUCUUCCUAGAAGGAAAAGCCCUAGCAUUGAAGGAAAAAUUGACAGAAGCUCGCAAAAAGUUCAAAAAGGCCAUAAAUUAUGCCAAUAAAGUAGAUUGUAAAGAAAAAUCUUCGCUCUUGCGGAAAAUAAUUAAAGAACAAGAAAAAUUGGAUAAAAGUAAAAAAAAAUAGAACAGAAAAUUCAACAAAUGUACAGAAUGGCUGAUUGCAUGAACCAUAAAAUAAGUAUUGUAUAAACAAAAAAGUUACGCCAUAGUGAUGUAUUUUAUGCUACGUAAUGAUUAGCUUGCUUAUUCGUGUUUUUACUUGAUUUUACUUUUAUGCAUUUUUGUCAGUUACUGGUUUCGGUAGUUGAAUGAAAAAGGUUGCUGCAAUUUUAAAUGUGCUUGAUUAGAGACACAGUUUUGAAUAUGAUGAUUGGAAAAUUUUUAGAUUAAUGUAUAUUAUGUAAAUAAUUUUUCGGUAAUAAGAAAUUGACAACGCGGAUUGCAAA